AUGUCAUCUGCUUUUGCCAUAUAUGCCUUUCAAGCAUUUCAGAGGUCGCCCCCUACACCAAUAUAUAUAUAUAUAUAUAUAUCCCUCUCUCUCUACCUCACUCACUCCCUUUAUCUUCAUCUCUAUUCCUCUCUCUCUCCCUCUCCCUCUCUCUCUCCCUCUCCCUCUCUCUCUGCCUCUCUGCCUCUCUUUCCCUUUCUCUCCCUCUCUCUUCCACUCUGUUCCUCUCUCUUUACCUGUCUCCCUUCCAUUCUCUCUCCUUUUCUCUUCAUCUCUCUCUUCCUCUCUCUCCUUCUCUCUUCCUCCCUCUCCCUCUCUCUUCCUCUCUCUCUACCUCUCUACGUCCCACUGUCUCCUUUCUCUCCAUCUCUCUCCCUCUCUUUUCCUCUCUCUCUCCCUUUCUCUCCAUCCCUCUUCCUCUCUAACUCUCUCUCCAUCUCUCUCCCUCUCUUUUCCUCUCUCUCUCCAUUUCUCUCCAUCUCUUCCUCUCUAACUCUAUCUCCAUCCCCCUCUCUCUCCAUCUCUCUCCCUUUCUUCCUCUCUCUCCCGCUCUCCCUCUCUCUACCUCUCUACUCCUUCUAUCUUUCUCUCUCACACUUUCUAUCGUCUCCAAAACAAAACUACUUUCCAUAG